CCGCCGCGCCGCGCCCCGGGGCCGGGCCGAGCCCGGCGCAUAAAGGCGGUGGCCAGAGGGGGCUCUGGAGCAGCCGCGCCGCGCUGCCCGUGCGCUGCCGCAGGUGAGAGCCGCCCGGCCCGGGACGCCUCUGGCUGCGCUGCGCCUGCUCUCGUUCGGUUCGGUUCUGUCGUGCGCUUCCAGCCCCGCAGAAGGAAAAUGAUUCAGAUCUUAGAUCCGAGACCCUUGCCAAACUCCAUCAUGCCUGUGGACGUGGCCAUGAGAAUCUGCUUAGCCCAUUCACCACCACUGAAGAGCUUCCUCAGCCCCCUUGAGGGCUGCCAGAGAAGUAACUUUGUGAACAGAUUCAAACCUCUCAGACCGUGUCUCCAUGUGAAACGUGACUCUGAGGCACAGAAGAGUGACUGGAACCACUCGGCAGCCCGAGCCAAGAAGCGAGUUGUGUUUGCAGACUCAAAGGGGCUCUCCCUGACAGCAAUACACACCUUCUCCGAAUUCCAGGAACACCCUGGCUGGGACCUCCAGUUUGACCUUAUAGGUCUUGAAAAUAUAACAUCUAACCUGAAGCUUCAUGAGGAGAAAAACUUGAUUCUGGAUUUCCCUCGUCCCUCAGCUGACUACCUGGACUUCAGGAACCGCCUGCAGAAGAACUUGGUCUGUCUGGAAAACUGCAGCCUACAAGAGAAGGUGCUGUCGGGCACGGUGAAAGUAAAAAACGUGAGCUUUGAGAAGAAGGUUCAGGUUCGAAUCACCUUUGAUACGUGGAAGACUUACAGGGACAUUGAAUGUGUAUACAUGAACAAUGUUUAUGGCGAUUCUGAAAACGAUACCUUCUCAUUUACUGUUGACUUGCCUCCUGCCAUUCCUUCUCAAGAGAAAAUAGAGUUCUGCGUUUCCUACCAAAGCGGAGAGCGUACCUUCUGGGACAAUAACGAGGGGCAGAAUUACAAGAUUCUCCAUGCAGAGUGGAAAUCUGAUGGUGUUCGGAUACCAUCUGCCACAAAAGACUGUGUAGAUGUUCCGACUCCAAGGAGAGGGCAGGAGAGAGAGCCUGAUCAGCUUGGCAGCCCAAGGCUGUCCUGUGGCCUCUUCCCCCGGUGGCAGAGCUCGGGUGGGAUUGAAAAUUCAUCACCAUAUUGGUGAUAGACACUAGCUUGGAAGUGUUCUUCCACUUGGCAGCAAACUAGUGUUAGCUUUCUGGUUCACAUACUAUAUAGCAAAACCACCAGGUUUUGUUAUAUAGUGUAUAUUUAACUAUAUAGUAUAUAUAAUGGCAGGUGUGGCUGUCUGUACAACUCCAAACUCAGCAGUCUGUGGGACUUGUUAAGCCAUAUUAUGUUAUUGAAGUUCUUAGCCAAAACUUAUCCUUGGAAAGAAAGACAAACAAGAUAAAACCCAUGUGUAUACCAGCUACUAGAAAUAGCAUGCAUGUAUCUUGAGUAUACGCCACUUGCUUUCUGCUGUUGUCUCUCCUGGGUCAUUAGGCAAGAGACUCUUGUGAGGAACUAUGGAAGGUGACAGUGUCUUAGCAAGCUGUAGCAACUGUGUGUGUGUGUGUGUGUGUGUGCGCGCGCAGAGGUGUCACAGGAACAGAACAUCACAGUCCAUCUUGUGCCUGUUACUGCAGCAGAGCUGAGGCAGUGCUCUCAGGACCGAAGCUUGCAAUGACCUACAUGCUUGUAGCAGUGGCAGGUAGGACUGCAUGGCUAGGAUUUGUGGCUUCAAUACAGGUUAGGAGAUUUGGAGAGGAUAAUGGAAAAGUGGGAAAAGGGGAAGAGGUAAGAUGUGCUGUAUAACUUGGAGAUGAACAAUGUAUUGAUGUGGUCUUCAAAGCUGGCUUUGUAAAUACAAGGAAAAGUUCAUGAGAUUAAAAAGGAGAAUACAGAAAAUGAUGCAAAGUGAGUGGUGGAAGUGACCCCUACUUUGGGAAGGCAUCUCUGACCUCAUUGGCCGUGGGAACAAUGGAUAUCUUGCAUUUAAGAUCAAAUCUAACCUUGAUUUCUACCUUCAUCAUUCUAUUCGCUUGUCAGGCAGAUGGUUACCUUCUAAUGUUAAAAGAAAAAUGUGCCUUUAAAAAAAAAAGUUACUGUACAUGCCAAAAGUAAGGGCUGAAGCCAAGGUUAGUUUAUAGAACAGACUGAGUGGUUUGUAAGUGUCUUAGUCUGUGGCAGAAUUAGACAAUUUCACUCAUUGCCUGAUCUAGUCGUACAGCACCUAAUGGCUAAGUAUCCUGCUCCCUAUUGCAGAGUCAGAGAUAACUUUUGAAAAAGUGUGCAAUAUAGGAAAGGUCCUUCAUAUUGAAGACAGUGAAUUAGCUGCAGUUGGUGAAAGCUAAUUUCUUUUAAAGAGCAGAGUUGCUGCUAGUUUUUUUUGGAAUGAAUAUAGGCUUGCACAUAAAUAGAAAACUGCUCAGUUUUAUUGUACCUCAUUUUUGAAGUUUUUUUUAAACUAAUAUGUAUUUUAUAUCAUAUGCUUGUAAUUUAGCUUUCUGAGCUGUAAACAUGGUCUGUGUUUCAUGCAAGACUUGUGUGGGGAAACUGUCCAGCACAUACUCAGCAGGUGUAAAUACUGGCACACCUUUUAGCUGUACAGAAGUGGUGUUAACAUCAAAAUACAUGUGACUUGUAUAAUAGCCUGAGUCUGAAGCUACUUGCAAUGCAAUGAGAAGAUAAAUGCUAAGAUGAAGUAAGUCUCUUCCACUAAUUGCACUUUUUUUUUCUAUGUAACCCAUGCUGUUAAGUGUCAACUAGCUAUUUUAAGAAUAAAUUGUAUUUUGAUAAACAUGGUUCUUAUUGAGUCAACUCAA